CUCGACAAGACAAGGAUUCAACAACACUAACAUCAACACUAACCAGUGAAGCACAAGGCAUAAAACAAACACAGAAACCUCUGCUCCUCUCUCUCUUUCUUCCCUGCUUCUCUGCACAGAGAAAAACGUUUUCACCAACAAUAGCUAAUCCUGUUCAAGUCUUUGGUAGUCUUGAUUGAAUCACACAACAUCAAAAGUUCAAAACCAACAACAACAACAACAACAACAAGAUUAUGGGUAUCCUGCACGACGACGUAGUUCUUAUCAGGCCACCAGAAAAAGAAGGUGACCCAACUGUCAUCACAGUGAAUUGCCCUGACAAAACUGGUCUUGGUUGUGAUUUGUGUCGUAUCAUACUCUUCUUUGGUCUGAGCAUUGUUAAAGGAGACGUGUCAACUGAUGGGAAAUGGUGCUACAUAGUUUUCUGGGUGGUUGGGAAACAGAAGACAAGGUGGAGUUUGUUGAAGAAGAGGCUGGUUGGGGUAUGCCCUUCUUGUUUCUCAGCUUCUGGAAUCUCUUAUUACUGCUCUGACAUGCAACCCAAGCCUUCUGAUGUCUUCCUUCUUCAGUUUUGCUGUCAAGAUCGGAAAGGGCUAUUACAUGAUGUUACAGAGGUUCUUUGUGAUCUAGAGCUUACUAUACACAAAGUGAAGGUAUCCACUACACCUGAUGGCAAAGUGAUGGAUCUGUUUUUCAUCACAGAUAACAGGGAACUUCUACACACAAAAAAGAGAAAGGAUGAUACGAUUGAAGAAUUAGCAAAUAUUUUGAAGGACACCAUCAUUACUAUCGACAUUGAACUGGUUGGACCGGAUUUUCCUGUUUGUUCGCAGGCCUCAUCAUUCCUUCCACCAGAAAUCACAGAAAAUGUCUUUGAAUCAGAGUUGCCUGUUCUGGUUCAAACUGGAACUCUCAGAUCAGAUUACGUUUCUGUCACGAUGGACAACAUGCUCAGUCCCGCUCACACCCUUGUCCAAAUUAUGUGCCAAGACCACAAAGGUCUUCUUUAUGACAUCAUGAGAACUUUCAAGGACUACAACAUUAAGAUUUCUUACGGGCGCCUCUCACCAAAACCCAAAGGAAGAUGUGAGAUUGACUUGUUCAUCAUGCAAGCAGAUGGCAAAAAGAUAGUUGACUCACACAAGCAGGAUUCUCUGUCAUCGCGUCUCCGAAUGGAACUGCUUCAACCGCUCAGAGUAGCUGUUGUGAGCAGGGGCCCUGAUACUGAGCUUCUGGUUGCGAACCCGGUAGAGUUGUCCGGCAAGGGGCGGCCUCUAGUUAUAUAUGAUAUCACUCUUGCUCUCAAGAUGCUUCACAUUUGCAUCUUUUCGGCUGAAAUCGGGAGGCAUGUGAUCGGAGACCGGGAGUGGGAGGUUUAUAGAAUCUUGCUUGAUGAAGGGGAGGGGUUGUCUGUUCCAAGGAACAAGAUUGAGGAGAGAGUUUGGAAAAUGUUGAUGGGUUGGGAGUGAUCAAUUCCAUGGUUGCUAUCAUGGCUUCAUAUGAGCCGGCUGUGUACAUACAACAAGAUUAGCAUAUAUGGUAUCAUAUAGUUUAUUAGAUGUAAUUGUGAAUUAUGUGGUGUGCUAAUGAUGAUCUUUCCCACGUUAUAUAUCUUAGAGCUCUUGUAUUUCUAACUUAAUGUUUAUGAAUGAGAAGGCAGUAUAGCAAGUAGAUGAAAAUGGAGGAAAGGUGUAUUUCUCAGAAAUGAGAUAUUGUAAAGUGGUAAAUAUAUUCAGUCCUUUUCUAGUU